UGGGCGUUGGGAUGGAUCCCGACCUUCAGUUGGAUAUCAUCGCUGAGCUCGACCUUGUGAACACCACCCUUGGGGUCACGCAGGUGUCCGGACUGCACAACACCAGCAGAGCAUUUUUAUUUCAAGAUGCAGAAAGAGAGAUCCACGCAGCCCCUCAUGUGAGUGAGAAAUUAAUCCAGCUCUUCCGGAAUAAGAGUGAGUUCACCUUUCUGGCCACUGUGCAGCAGAAGCCAUCGACGUCGGGAGUGAUCCUGUCCAUUCGAGAAGUGGAACACGGCUAUUUUGAACUGGAGAGCAGUGGUCUGAGGGAUGAGAUUCGCUAUCACUACAUACACAACGGGAAGCCCCGGACAGAGGCGCUUCCGUACCGGAUGGCUGAUGGGCAGUGGCACAGGGUUGCACUGUCGGUCAGCGCCUCCCAUCUCCUGCUCCACAUCGACUGCAACAGGAUUUAUGAACGUGUGAUAGACCCUCCUGAGACCAACCUUCCUCCUGGAAGCAAUUUAUGGCUUGGUCAGCGCAACCAAAAGCAUGGUUUAUUCAAAGGGAUUAUCCAAGAUGGGAAAAUCAUCUUCAUGCCAAAUGGAUAUAUAACACAGUGUCCAAACCUGAAUCGCACUUGCCCAACUUGCAGUGAUUUCUUAAGCCUGGUACAAGGAAUAAUGGAUUUACAAGAGCUUUUGGCCAAGAUGACUGCAAAACUGAACUAUGCAGAAACAAGACUUAGUCAAUUGGAAAACUGUCAUUGUGAGAAGACCUGUCAAGUGAGUGGACUGCUCUAUAGAGACCAAGACUCCUGGGUCGACGGGGAUCAUUGCAGAAACUGCACAUGCAAAAGUGGGGUUGUGGAAUGCCGAAGGAUGUCCUGUCCCCCACUCAACUGCUCUCCAGACUCCCUCCCCGUGCACAUUGCCGGCCAGUGCUGUAAGGUCUGCCGACCAAAAUGUAUCUAUGGAGGAAAAGUCCUCGCAGAAGGCCAGCGGAUUUUAAGCAAGAGCUGUCGGGAAUGCAGAGGUGGAGUUUUAGUAAAAAUUACGGAAGCAUGCCCUCUUUUGAACUGCUCAGAAAAGGAUCACAUUCUCCCGGAGAAUCAGUGCUGCAGUGUCUGCAGAGGUCAUAACUUUUGUGCUGAAGGACCUAAAUGUGGUGAAAACUCGGAGUGCAAAAACUGGAAUACCAAAGCUACUUGUGAGUGCAAGAAUGGUUACAUUUCUGUCCAGGGAGACUCUGCCUACUGUGAAGGUAAGUGA